CGCGGCGUCACCCUCGCGCAUCUCAUAGACGCCCGACUCAUCGCGCCGGGCCAUGGCGCCGUGUCCACCACCUACAACGACGUCGUCCAUCACGCCGACGUACUCCCGGACGGGUACGUGGCGUGGGACGGGCGCGAGUUCGCGUCCGUGUCCGCAUUUUCCCUCGCGGUGAAGAGAAAGACCAACCCGGGGCGUAAAGCCGACGACGGAUGGAAGUGCGUCUCUUACAUGGGCACGCCCCUCGAUCGGCUCAAGAGACGAUACGAGGAGGAGUCCAAGGCUGGGUCGAGUCGCGGCGACGGCCAGGAAAACCUGAGCGCGACAGAGACGAUGGGACCGGCAGUGGCCGCGGCGGCCGCGAGGGAGAUCGCCGCGAAGACCGCCGCGGCCAAGCUCCGCGAGGAGUCCAGACCGAAGCCCCCACCGCGGAGACGCGGCGUGAACCGCGCGCUGAUGAUGACGGCGCUGCCCGGCGCGGACGGCGUGAACGGCGAUCUUCAGAUGGUCGAGUGCGAAGUCUACGACGACGACGAGCGAGCGCAGCCGUGGCGGCUCUCCGCCACCCCGGAGGCGUCGUUCCUCAUGGACUUCCACUCGCACCUCUGCAGGCACGAGAUCAUCGGGUUCCUCGGCGGUACAUGGGACCCGCGAACCAAAUGCCUGACCGUCAAGAGGGCGCUACCGGCGCGGCGGCUGGUGCUGGGAGCGCCGGGCGAGAACGCAAACGUGGAGGUUGAACUCGAUCCGGAGAGCGUGCCGGACAUCGUGGAGGCGUUGGAUCGGGACGGCCUCCGGGUGGUGGGUUGGUACCACUCGCACCCGGUGUUCAGCACGCACCCGAGUCUGCGGGACAUCGAGAACCAGUCGAACUAUCAGCGGCUGUUCAGGGACGACGAGGCCAAAGGCGGGGGAACGCCGUUCGUCGGCGCCAUCGUCGGGCCGUACGCUACAACUAACAAAGAUCUUUCAUCCGACGUGCGGUGGUUCCACGUGGCGCCA